AUGAGGUCGGGCCUGGCCAGCAAGAACUCGACGCCCGGGGCUGGGGCGUACAAAAACCCGUCGGGGGUGGGGCGUCAGGUGGACUCCACGAGAGACACGGCGCCGCGGACGGCCUUUGGAACAUCGAGCCGCGAUGACAUCGCCAAGGUCUUCAUUUCCACCGACCAUGAGAAGGUGAACUUCGGCAACGACUCCCCAGGCCCCAGCGUCUACAACAUCCCACCCGGCCUCGGGAGGCAGUCCACCUCCAACCGACUGUCUUCCCCAUCUUGGAGGGUGGGCAUGGAGGGCCGCUUCAACUACGACUUCAUCCAGCGCGCCAAGGGCAUUCCGGGGGCGGGGCAGUACGAGAACACG